UGAAUAUAAUAUAAAAUGAAAUAAUGAUUAUUAUUACCCGAAAAGUCGGUGCAGUAUACAACCUAUUAAAUUAUAAUGAUAGUGAUAAAAUUACGAAUAAUAAAGUAUUAAAAACAUGAUAAAUAAUUAAGGUGCAUUAAGAUAGAUUAUAAUGUGAGAAAAUUUACGGAAAUAACUAUGGAGAUAAGUUAACUUUAGAGAUUAGUGCAUUAAGAACUGAAGAGAGAAGAGUAUGUUAAUAAUAAAAUUGGACAGUGUAACGGAAAGAUUUUCAGUAGGAACAUCUUGGGUCCGGAUGGCUUCAGCCUUUCUUGAAAGUUGGACAGCCCUUGAAAUUGGCCAUGUGAUCCCCGGAGCAAUGAACGCAUUUGGCUGGACUGAAACGAUCCUCAGUACAGCUACCUGUACUAUGAGCCUCACCACAUUUAAUGCAGCGAGGUGGGUGACAGCAAUAUUUAACCAUAUGACCAAAGUCUUGACAGUUAAAACAUUGCGGUGGCCCACGUGUGGUUUUAUUUGGUUUUUCUAUUACUAUUUUGGUGUUAUGUAUUUGAUACUAUAGAUUUAGUCAUUGUUUUCAUUAUGAUCGAGGUCAACAAAAAAUAUUGGAAGCGGGCGAUUAUUUUUUUUAAGAUUGUGGAUACGCUUCACUGUGUACCCUUCUUCCGACAAUACUGCAGAAAUAUCCCCACUAAGGGUGGUAUGGUAUAGAUUUCGGAUGACAAUUUUGUAUGGACGCAGACAUCUAGGGCGAAAGGAAUGAAAACUUGCGUUGGUUUCCUUCAGAUAGGUAACUAUUUUGUUGAAGUUUUAAACGCUGUUAGGUCAGACGAUAAGAUGAGAGGAAGUCGACUUACACGUAAACCCAUUGGGGCCAGUGGUCUUAAUUAAAUUAUCCUUAAAUGCUGAGCAAUUAGCGAUGUCACUGAUGUAGAUAGGCGGUGCAAUAGGCACGCUUCGGUCCGUGGAGUGAGGUGGAUUUGCGACGGUGUCUGCGCGGGAGAAUGAGACCGUAUCAAAAACGGCAUCAUCACUAAUGUCACUUGUACCAAGAACGGCGAGCUUAUUAGGUCAAGUGAAACAUUUUUUAGACUUUUUCCCCUCACGAGGAGGAUAAAUUGAUGCGAUAGAUAAUAUACGCUUGGAAUGCGAACCAGGCAUAUAAAAUUGUGAGCAUUGAAAACGAACACCCUGAAAGAUAAUAAAUUAGAUAAAAAAUUACAUGUUUAUAAUAAUGAUACGGUAUAAUCCGAUAACGGAGCGAGCGAAAUGCGUGUUCACGGUGAACGUAAUCGCCAGACUAUGUGAACUAAUUAAAUAAUUUAAUUUAUCCACGGGUGUGGUUUUGAUUCUACAUAUACAUAUGCCCGCUAUAGUGGAAUCAUUGUGUUUUGUAAUGCAAUCGAUAUAGUAUUUAUAUAUAUAUCUGUAACAUUAUGUGAUAGAAUGUAUGCCCGUGACAUUAUAAUAUGUGUGCAUAUAAAAAUUGCGAUGUAUCGAAUGUUUG